GGAGUUCAGUCGUGCUUGGGACACGUCUGCUCCUGGCUCCACCCCCAAAGCCCCCAGGUGUUUCUCUCAAUUGGACUACUUGGCAACCCUGUUACUCUCAGUCUCAGAGCUGUUCUCUCAAGAGAAGUCCUCUCAGAGCCCUAGUUCCUGCAGGCAUGGGGUAAAACCCCACCGGCUCCCUCCUCUUCCUGCAGGGCUUUUCAGCCUUAAACACAGGGAUGCCUCUGGGGCGUCCCGCCCUCCUGCAGUGAUGGCGCCUGUCGGCAGUUUCUAUAAAGGGGGUGCUGAAGCCCGCGCCUGCAGGCUGGUGUGAGGGAGGAGCCGCUCCUCCCUCCCACCCCCCAAGCCUCUUCCCGGCUGACUGCUGCUGGAAAGCACACUGUGGGGGGACCACGUCGAAGCAACAGUCAGCUGGAGCUGGGCUUGUUUCCUGCCCAGGCUCCUGAGUAUACAGCAAAGUCAGCCCAGCAAUCUGCUGCAAUUUGCUAGGAUCCUGUUGGCCUGAGAGGGAAUCCCUCACCAUCCAGCCCAGUGAUCAACAAAUGAGUUCACAAUCUAAAGGAAAAAGAAACUAAUCGGGAUUCAUUUUGACUGCAGUUCAGACAUAUUGGCAUUGCUUAAGAAGAGAAUCCUGGAAGGAGUGUUUGCAGGCCAUCCAACCAUGGAGUUUACACAAACAUCUCCUAGCCUGGAGGAUCCUAUAGAGUCUCCGCUAGAAGGACCUGAAGAAUCUAUACAUAGAGAACAACCACUAGGAAAUCCAAGAACAAAGGAAAUGCCACAAGCUGGGCAAGAUUUUCUGCUUUCUGAGACAGCCAAGUUAAGGAACUUAAUAAACCAAAUGAGCCAGUUGCUUAAAAUGGCUGAAUCCAGACUCUCCUCUUUGGAAGCCAGAGUAUGUGGAAGCCAGCAAACUAACUCAGUCAUGUUGGCAUCACAGUCUGACUCCACGGGAGUGUCUGCAGCAUCUUCACCUUCCUUCAGCUCUCCACAAAUGAUCUUGGAUGCUGCUCAAACUACUGUUUCACCACGUUCAGCUUUUGCGUACACUGGGGGUGCACCAAUUGAACCUGUCUCUCUGUCAUCACCAGGACGGUUCAGAACUGCACCCAGCACCAGAGCGUACUGUGGGACUGAAAAGAAGGACCAUCCAGUGUUACCCGAUGACUGGUUAACGGAAACAACCUCUAAGAGUGAGGCAGCUCUUAUAAAGGCUGAGGAAUCUGACGAGCAGAAGGCAUUAUCUCUGAAUGCUCCAGAGUGCAAGAUAGAGCCACAAACAUUGAUGAGCACAAAAGAGACAGACCUACCAGUGAUUACUGCUAUAUGGUCCCUGAAGAGGACCUCUGAGAGCGAGACAGCUCCUAGAGAGGCAGAGGAAUCUGAUAAUCAAGAGGACACCUCCCCCAGAACAUCACCUCUGAUUGUUCCAAAGUGUGAAACUGAGCCACAGACUUUGACAUGCACAUAUGAGACAGCCCUACCAAUGAUUGCUGCUGGAGAGUCCCAAGAGGAAAUUGCUGAGAGCAAAACAGCUCAUACAGAGACUGAAGAAUUUGAUCAGCAGGAGAACAACUUCUCUGAAGGAUCAGCUCAAGCAUAUCAGCCGCAGCCUUUCAUGCGCACCCUUCCAGAUACCCCACAGCUCACAGCUCUAGAUGCAAUGCAGAAGGAAGCACCAGGGAGAGCUACAGAGUUGUCCAGAAGAUGUUCCACCAACAACACACCCAACAGCACUGCUCUGACUGGUACCACGACCAAUCCAAUGACUCCCAGCUGCCUUCCCUCAUCCCCUCUGGGAGAAGUGAGGCCUCCCACCAAAUGUCAACAGACAUCCAUUGCCUGGCUGUAUUUCACAAAGCAGUCCAAGUUCAUUGCUACUUGCAGAGUCUGUGAAGAGGAUGUGGAAAUGGUAAAAAUAGGAGCCUCUGGCCCUGUAGGCACUGCAGCACUGCUCAGACACCUAAAGCGUGAACAUGGGAUCCCAUCCAUCGCCUGGAAGCAUUUCACAAAGCAGUCCACAUUCAUUGCUACUUGCAGGAUCUGUAAAGAGAAUGUGAAAGUUGGAAAAAUAGGAGGCUGGGGCAAUGUGGACACUGCGGCACUUCUCUCACAUCUUAAGCAGAAACAUAGGAUCCACCAGAAGAAGGUGGCACCACCUGCACUGCCUGGAGCUCUGACUAAGACUCAGGACAUGGAAAGACCUUCCAGCACUGAGAAGCCCAGAAGAACCACAUCAAGUGCUUUAACAUGUACCAAUACCUCUCCAGCAACUCUCAGUUGCCUUCUCUCAUCACCCCCUGCAGAAGAGAGGCCUGCCACCAAAUGUCGACAGACAUCCUUUGCCUGGCUGUAUUUCACAAAGCAAUCCAAGCUCAAGGCUACUUGCAGAGUCUGUGAAGGGGAUGUGAAAGCUGGAAAACCAAGAGCCUUUGGCAGCAUGCGCACUGCACCUCUGCUCAGACACCUAAAGCGUGAACACGGGAUCCCAUCCAUUGCCUGGAAGCAUUUCACAAAGGAGUCCACAUUCAUUGCUACUUGCAGGGUCUGUAAACAGAAUGUGAAAAUUGGAGAAAUAGGAGGCUGCGGCGAUGUAGACACCACAGCACUGCUCUCACACCUCAAGUGUGAACAUGGGAUCCACCAGAAGAAGGUGGCACCACCUGUGUUGCAUGCAGCUCUGAGUAAGACCCAGAAUUUGGAAAGACUUUCCACCAUUGAGAGGCCCAGGAGAACCACAUCAAGUGCUUCAACGUGUACCACUACCUCUCCAGCAAUUCUCAAUUGCUUCCUCUCCCCACCCCCUGUAGAAAUGAGGCCUGCCACCAAAUGUCGACAGACAUCCAUUGCCUGGCUGUAUUUCACAAAGCGAUCCAAGCUCAUGGCUACUUGCAGAGUCUGUGAAGGGGAUGUGAAAGCUGGAAAACCAAGAGCCUCUGGCAACAUGCGCACUGCACCUCUGCUCAGACACCUAAAGCGUGAACACGGCAUCCCACCCACUGCCUGGAAGCAUUUCACAAAGCUGUCCAUGUCCAUUGCUACUUGCAAGGUCUGUAAAGAGAAUGUGAAAGUUGGAAAAACAGGAGGUUGUGGCAAUGUGGACACGGCAGCACUGCUCUCCCACCUCAAGUGUGAACAUGGGAUCCCCCAGGAGAAGGUGGGACCAUCUGCCUUGCCUGGAGCUCUGACUAAGACUCAGGACAUGGAAAGACCUUCCACCAUCGAGAAGCUCAGAAGAACUACAUCAAAUGCUUUAACAUGUACCACUACCUCUCCAGCAAUUCUCAAUUGCUUCCUCUCACCACCCCCUGCAGAAGUGAGGCCUGCCACCAAACAUCAACAGACAUCCAUUGCCUGGCUGUAUUUCACAAAGCGAUCCAAGCUCGUGGCUACUUGCAAAGUCUGUGAAGGGGAUGUGAAAGCUGGAAAGAAAAGAGCCACUGGCAACAUGAGCACUGCACCUCUGCUCAACCACCUAAAGCGUGAACAUGGGAUCCCAUGCAUAGCCUGGAAGCAUUUCACAAAGGAGUCCACAUUCAUUGCUACUUGCAGGAUCUGUAAAGAGAAGGUGAACGUUGGAGAAAUAGGAGGCUGCAGCAAUGUGGGUACUGCAGCACUGCUCUCACACCUUAAGUGUGAACAUGGGAUCCAGCAGCAGAAGGUGACACCACCAGCGUUGCCUGCAGCUCUGACUAAGACCCAGGACGUGGAAAGACCUUCCAUCAUUGAGAGGCCCAGGAGAACCAUGUCAGCUGUUUCCACUUGUACCACGACCUCUCCAAUGACUCUCAGUUGCCUUCCCUCUUCCCCUCUAGAAGAAGCGAGGCCUCCCACAAAAUGUCGACAGACAUCCAUUGCCUGGUUGUAUUUCACAAAGCGGUCUAAGCUCAUUGCUACUUGCAGAGUCUGUGAAGGGGAUGUGAAAGGUGGGAAAACAACAGCCUCUGGCAACAUGCGCACUGCACCUCUGCUCAAACAUCUUAAGUGCAAACAUGGGAUCCCAUCUGUUGCCUGGAAGUUUUUCACAAUGCGUUCCCAGUUCACUGCUGUGUGCAGAGUCUGUGAAGAGGAUGUGAAAACUGGACAAACAGAAGACUGCAGCAAUGUGGACACGGCAGCACUGCUCUCACACCUCAAGUGUGAACAUGGGAUCCACCAGAAGAAGGUGGCACCACCUGCGUUGCCUGCAGCUCUGACUAAGACCCAGGACAUGGAAAGACCAUCCAUCAUUGAAAAGCCCAGUAGAACCUCAUCAAGUGCUUCAACAUGUACCACUACCUCUCCAUCAACUCUCAAUUGCGUUCCUUCAUCACCCCCUGCAGACGUGAGGCCUCCCACCAAAUGUCAACAGACAUCCAUUGCCUGGCUGUAUUUCACAAAGCAGUCCAAGUUCAUUGCUACUUGCAGAGUCUGUGAAGGGGAUGUGAAAGCUGGAAAACCAAGAGCCUCUGACAACAUGCGCACUGCACCUCUGCUCAGACACCUAAACCGUGAACACGGGAUCCCAUCCAUUGCCUGGAAGUUUUUCACAAUGCAUUCCCAGUUCACUGCUAUGUGCAGAAUCUGUGAUGAGGAAGUGAAAACUGGAAAAACAGGAGGCUGUGACAAUGUGGACACCGCAGUACUGCUGUCACACCUUAAGUGUGAACAUGGGAUCCACCAGGAGAAGGUGGCACCAUCUGCGUUGCCUGGAGCCGGGUUGAAGAUCCAAAAUGCGGAAAAACCUUCCAACAUUGAGAGGCCCAGCAGAACGUCAGCAGCCGUUUCAACUUGUGCCACUACCUCUCCGGGGACUCUCAGCUGCCUUCCCUCAUCUCCCUCCGCAGAGGUGAGACUUCCCACCAAACGUCGACAGACAUCCAUUGCUUGGCUCUAUUUCAGAAAGCGGUCCAAGUUCAUUGCUACUUGCAGUCUCUGUGAAGACAAUGUGAAAACUGGAAAACCAGGAGGCUGCAGCAAUGUGGGCACCGCAGCACUGCUCUCGCACCUUAAGCGUAAACAUGGGAUCCCAUCCAUUGCCUGGCUAUAUUUCACAAUGCAGUCCAAGUGUACUGCUACAUGCAGUAUCUGUAAAGAAGAUGUGAAUACUGGAAAAACAGGGAGCUGUGGCAAUAUGGGCACUAUGGUAUUGCUGUUGCACCUUAAGUACAAACAUGGGAUCCACCAGGAGAAGGUGGCACCAUCUGCAGUGCCUGGUGCCAGUAGUAAGAUCCAUGAUAUGGAAGGACCUUCCACCAUUGAGAAUCCCAGCAGAACCACAUCAGCUGUUUCAGGUUGAACCACUACCAGUGCCAUGGCAGGCCAUUCAACUCAUUGGUUGCUCCAGGCUCCCAGGGGCAAUAAUCAGCUCAUGUGGCCUUGGGAGGGAUGAGUAGGGGAGCAGGGGGGGACUGAAAGGGGGCAGAGCACAUUCAGGAGAGGGUCCUGUCCCAAGAGCUCCCCCAUUGCUAUAGCCCCUGUAUUUUGCCCUUUUCCACCAACUAUUUCAAUCCAACAACUUCCCCCCCCCCCUUUUCUCUCUUUUUUAUAAUAAACAUUUUUAUACAGACUUUUUUUGUCAUGAGAACAUAAAAAGAGCCCUGCUGGAUCAGACCGAUGGUGGCUCUGGUCCAGCGCCCCGUUUCUCUGGAGGGCUAACAAUAGAGCAAGGAGGCCAAGGCCUUCCCCAGUGUUGCCUCAUCACUUAGUUCAGUUCAUUUCUCUUAAGCCUCUUACGCGCACACAGCUUAUUUCAGAUUUCCCAAGCAGUAAGCCUUUAAGCUUGACUUCGGAUUCUGUUCCCACCUUACACACCAUUCUUUUUCCUCCGUUGUAUUCAUUCUGCAGCUACAAUUUUAAAAACGCUGUUUUUCUAAAAAAUCAGGGUGGAAUGUCACUUGUGAUGUGUGGCUUUUUUAAUGUAUGCAACUGAGGUAUUUGUGGAUGCUUAACUAAAGAGAAUAAUUCUUAGACCCUUCUAGCAUAUCUCUAUAUUCAUGUGUUAAAAGAGGCUUUAUGGGUUUUAAUAUAUACAUUUUUUGCGGGUUGUGAAUGUCAUUUGCAUUUUUUCUCACUUUAUAAACCAUUUGUUAAAAACCA